UCUGCGAGGUCAAGGGUGGCACCUGUGUUGGCAUGUAUAUUUCUUUAACCAAUGAAAAUAAUGAAUGGAAAACUGCGAAAGAUGGAACGCCGAUACUUAGAUAUGAUAUAAAUCGACGAAUAAUUUUAGGCAAUAGUGAACCAAAUGACUAUUAUACAUUCGUGAAAGCCAUCACACUAGCCAGACAUGGCACGAAUGAAAUCGUACAGAAUAUUUAUUACAGGGAUGACGAACCUGCACGAAAAAACUUUGAUCAAGCUCAGAAAUGUAAAUAUCAAAAUCUUCCACCCUCAAAUUACGGUGCCUGUUGGGUACAUAAUUGGAUUACUGAUAUUAAUCCAAGCUUGGUUCCCGGCGAUUAUGAUGUGUGGGUGCAUGUGUACUAUUGUCCGGCAUACUGUGAAGGAGGUCAUAGAUGCCAAAUGGAUCUGGGUGGAAU